CCUCCCUCCUUCCCUUCCUUCUUUUCCCCGUUCUUUCCACCGCGCCAUUGCCAAUGGACCCAAUGGACCCAUCUGACCCAUCGCGUGCUUCUCCCCCGUCUCCGCGAGAAACGCGUCUGCACCACAAGAUCCUCGCCGAACUCGGCCUCAGUUCGGUCUGGCAAUCCCCUCGCGAUGUGAAACUGCUCUGUGCCCAGCGCUUUGUCCGGCUCUUUGCUUACGGGGGCUCAACCUUGAUUCUAGCAUCCUAUCUCUCGGCAUUGGGCAUCGCCGACAACCGCAUCGGCCUGUUUAUGACCUUGACCUUGGUGGGGGAUGUCGCCAUCAGCUUUCUCCUUACCUUGUCUGCCGAUGCCAUGGGUCGUCGGGCCGUCCUGGCCCUGGGCUCAGCCUUGAUGGUCGGGAGCGGCAUCCUCUUCGCCACGGUCGGCAAUUACUGGGUUCUUCUGGCUGCCGCCGUCUUUGGCGUGAUAAGUCCGAGUGGAAACGAAAUUGGUCCCUUCCGGGCCGUUGAGGAAUCGACCCUGGCCCAUCUGACCCCCCAUGACAUCCUGAGCGAUAUUUUCGCCUGGUACUCGCUAAUCGGCAAUGCGGGCACUGCCCUGGGCAUGAUGACCGGGGGGUGGGCCAUCAAUCUUCUCCAGGUCAUCUGGGAAUGGCCCUACAUUCCCGCGUGUAGAGUCAUCUUUUUCGCUUACGCUGCUAUUGGCGCACUCAAGCUUCUUCUGUCUAUCGCACUGAGUUCGGCAGUUGAAGCUGAAGAGAAGCAAAAGAAACCUACGUGUGCUCAACAGACUAGCGAGGGCGAGACACGACCUCUGCUGUCCAAUGGAGCGAGCAACCCCACAAGCCCAGACCAGCGACGUCCGAAGAAAUCACUACUUUCCUUUGUGGGCGACGCAGAGCUCGUUUCCUUGGUCAUUAGACUUGCGAUUCUGUUUGGCCUGGACUCGUUCGCCUCUGGGUUGGCAUCUUUGUCGUGGAUGACAUACUUCUUCAAGCGCAAGUUUUCCCUUCCUGAAGGGACCCUCGGGUCCAUAUUCUUCACAACAAGCCUCAUCUCGGCGGCGUCUGUGCUAGUUGCCUCGUCUAUUGCCAAGCGCAUCGGCAAUGUCAAGACGAUGGUCUUCACUCAUCUCCCCUCCGCCGUGUGUCUGGCGCUCAUUCCUGUCCCUGCAGCUCUCCCCCUAGCCCUGACUUUCUUGGUCCUCCGCUCCUGCAGUCAGACUAUGGAAGUGGCGCCGCGAUCGGCUUUCCUGGCCGCAGCACUGCCUUCUGACCGCCGUACAGCCAUAAUGGGCUCUAUAAAUGUCGUUAAAACCUGCGCUCAGAGUCUCGGGCCCCUUCUGACCGGUGUUUUAGCCGAUCGAGGCUACUUCGGGCUUUCAUUCACUAUUGCGGGUAUCUUGAAGGCCGUCUAUGAUAUUGGCAUGCUGCUCAGUUUUGCUGGGAAGGAGAAGCAGGCCAGGCGGCCGGCACCUGCAGAUCAAGGGGAAGAGACUGCUUAGAUGUCCCAGGCGCCGUUGGAGCUAGCCCAUCGGCAAUACGAGGCUUUCCAACUUGGGGCCACCACUGAAGCCCCGGCUUAUAUAGAUCAUCUGCUAUAUAAACCCUAUGUACAUACAUAGAAACUGGCAGGGUUUCCGCCUGUAUUAGAAGUAAGAAUGAGGUGCACAUACAAGUCAAUACGGAUUUUGGGGCCGGAAUGCAGCCCAAUAGGCAGCGUUGUUCUGGCGCCCGAACAAAGACAGCAGGAGCUGGAAACUAAUUGGAACAUCGAGGUCCAGAC